AACAAACGAGUGUUGACGGAUCAGUCGUGCCGUGAGGCUCCGUCAAAGAGCGUAUAAUUUUUGCUGUAUUUUAGUGUCCUAUAUUCUGAAAUUCUGCAAUUUAAAACACCUGAGCAACCAAAACUUUGUAUUUCCAUUUUUGUUAGUUCAGACUUGGACAUAUGACGGCAGUUUGUUUUGCGUUAACAUGGAAUUGUUGACACUUUCGUUUCAAAACGUUCUGCGUUUAUGAUGUAUUUCGUUAAGUGUAUCUGUAAAUAUUUUAAAUAUUUAUAGUUGAAUAGAUGUUAUUGUGCUUGAAGUUAAAGCACGUUACUGUAUUUUUCUGCACGUUUAUAGUUCAUGUAGUGUUAGGUUAUAUACAUAGACAUGCCGGCAACGUGAUCAUGUCUAUAUUGAUCUGAGUACUGUCUUCUUAAUGUAUGUGCUGUGUGUUUUUGUGUUUAUUUGUGACCAGUGAAUAUAAACAUGGAUAUACUUCCUAGCGUUAGUAUCUUCAGGGAAUUACAAGAUAUCCAUGAUACUGGAUAUUUUUCAGCUCAACUGUCACUGGAUGAUCAUUGGCAACAGACAUGUUAUGAAAUGGAAUGGUAUUUGAAAGAUGAACCAAAAAUGAAAACCUACAAAACGCUCCCUUCCGAUAUAAGUAGAAUUUGGUAUAAGGUAAAUUGUAUAGAAGACUUUAGUGAUAGUCACUUUGAUGCAUUAAGCUCGGCCAGUUCAACAUGUUCAUGGGAUGGUGCAUUGUCUUGUGCAGUUUUAGUAAAACAGGAACCUGUAGACGAUGAGGAUGACGAUGAAGAGAACGAUGACGAAGACGAUAGUGAUGACGAUGAAGAUAACGAGAGUUAUGAAAAUCGGGUACAUUCUGACGUAAGAGAUGCUUUACAGUUACGGUUAAUUUCAAGAAAUACAGAAACACUGACUCCUCCUUCUAGUCCUGAAUCGGAAUUAGGACAUAGUAAUGGAAGUUCCACCGCUAGUGAUUUGGACGUCUGUGGACUUCGCAUUAGUAAUACACAGGGACACAGAAAUACAAUAGUCAGAGUGCGAGCCUCCGGCGUAACUAGGUACAUAUCCGUAGUUCCUAGACCUCCAACUCACGUUCCAUCUUCAUCAACCAAUUCUACACCUACGAAACACCAUAAUCGCUUAGAUCAUUCGCCGGAUUCUAAAAGAAGAAUACAUAAGUGCCAAUUUCUUGGAUGUAAAAAAGUUUACACUAAAAGUUCCCAUUUAAAAGCUCAUCAGAGGACACAUACAGGAGAAAAACCUUAUAAGUGCUCUUGGGAAGGUUGCCAGUGGCGGUUUGCCCGUUCAGAUGAAUUAACACGACACUAUCGCAAACACACAGGAGCAAAACCCUUUAAGUGUCGCCAUUGUGAUCGUUGUUUUAGUAGGUCGGAUCAUUUAGCCCUCCAUAUGAAGCGACAUGCGUAGGCGGCCUACCUCUCUUCUUCCACAUCACUGCCAGUUACCGGAAUUAUGUAUAUACCUGCAUACAUACAUACAAUAUAUAUACAUAUAUACAUACAUAUAUAUACGUAUGUGUGUAUGUAUGUGUGCGUGAGUACGUGUGUGUAUGUGUGCCUGUGCGAAAGUGUGUGUUUGUAUUUGUAUAUAUAGUAUGGUGAAACACACAUUGAGAUGAUUGGGGGAUUCCUCAGUGAUGUAUAAUCCUGUGAUCGACAUCGCCGGUUAAGACCGAAUACUCUGAAUAUUAAGUAAAUAUUGUAUUUAGUAAUAUAGUGAUUAUUAUUUUACGUUCUAAUUUGUAUUUAUAAAUGUAAAAAAAAAUAUUCUUAGUCUGUUAGACAUCAAAAAAGUUAUUGCACAAAUA